GUCUAAGUCACAUAAUUUCGAGUUUCUUUUGUUAAACAUUUUCUAUUUCUAUAAUGUUCUUUUGUUUGUUACAUACAAUAAAAAGGUUGAUUGUUUUAGUUACAGUGCUUAAUAGCAGACGUAUCAUGACUUCCAAGUUUACAUAUCUCAUGUGGCUUAUGGCUUCAUCUUUACCUGUAAAAGCUCAAACUCUUGACGAAGACGAGGAGGAAAGGCUAUUUGGCCAAACUCUCGAACAGAACGUAAUGACGCUGAAACAUGUUGUUGACACAGCGGUUGAAGCCGCAUUACAAACUAUCAAAAAUAGUGUUGAUAAAAUGGAUAAACACGUGAAUGAUUUAGCUACGGACGUUGGACCCAGAACAGCAAAACAGGUGCUUGAUUUUGGAAAGACGCUUGUAGGACUGAAGAGCAAGAUGGAAGAUAAAAAUAUUAAAACCGACGUUUGCAUGAUUGACGAAGCUAUGCAUAAGAUAGACACUCUACCAAAUGACGUUGGAAGACAAGUGCAGAUUUGCAAAAAGACGGUUGCUGAUGAAAUUGGGAAAUAUAUAGAAAAAACCGAUGCAAACUUCAAAUCAUUUACGAAAGAAGCGGCUGGUAUCGCGGAAGAGGCAGUCAAAUGUCUCAAAGCCACUUCUUUAGUAUGCAUUGGAAAAGUCAGCCUUGCGGUUGGUGCUGCAGCUUUCAAAAUGCCCAACGGAAUUGCCAAACAGGCUUCCGAUACCCUUUCAUUGCUGAAUGCGUUCCAAGAGCGAGCUGUGGUAUGUUUUACUAAGGCAGUUGACAGAACUGCCAAGAAGGCUCAUGGAUACUUAAAUGUAGUUGAGCAGUGUAUGAGGGAUAAAAAAAUAUUAAUGUAACCAGAUGGUACGCCAUUGUUACAAUUAUAUAAUUUAUCUAGA